UUGUAAAUGGAGUAAGAGUAGGUUUGAACCAAAAUAGAAGAUACCGAAACAGGAUUCAGCAGCUGCGACCAGACUCCAGCGCGGCCGUACAGGGAUAUUCAUACCCCAGUCAGGAGGCGUUAUUAAACACACCUGGUGGGAUCUGUGUAUAAUCAUAUGGAAAGAUGUCAGACAUCGGGGACUGGUUCAGGAGCGUCCCGUUCCUCACGCGCUACUGGUUCGCGGGGUCAAUCAUCGUGCCGCUUAUAGGAAAACUGGGCUUGAUCAGUCCCGCCUAUCUCGUGCUGUGGCCGCAGGAGUUCUUUCAUAAGUUCCAGAUAUGGAGACCGAUAUCUUCGACACUGUAUUUCCCAGUUGGGCCAGGAACCGGUUUUCUAUACAUGGUCAAUCUGUACUUCCUGUAUCAAUACUCGUCCAGACUGGAAACAGGAGCCUUUGAUGGAAGACCAGCGGACUACGUGUAUAUGCUGCUCUUCAACUGGAUUUGCAUCGUUAUAACAGGACUGAUGAUGGACAUGCAGCUCCUGAUGAUCCCGCUGAUCAUGUCCGUGCUGUACGUGUGGGCCCAAAUGAAUCGAGACAUGAUCGUGUCCUUCUGGUUUGGUACGAGAUUCAAGGCCUGCUAUCUCCCCUGGGUCAUCCUGGGAUUCAACUACAUCAUCGGUGGCUCGGUUGUGAACGAGCUGAUUGGAAAUUUAGUGGGCCAUCUUUACUUCUUCCUCAUGUUCAAAUAUCCCAUGGACCUGAACGGCAGAUCCUUCCUGUCCACGCCACAGACCCUCUAUCGGUGGUUUCCAAAUCGACACGGUGGAGUUUCCGGAUUCGGCGCCCCACCCGUCCGGAGACGCGCUCCUCAGGAACAAGCAGGAGGAGACGGUAGACGUCACAACUGGGGACAAGGGAAUCGGCUCGGGGAAGACUGAGGACGUCCUCCGACUGAAGCCUCCAUGGACACUGAUGCUCGCCAGGCACAUAAUAAAGCACUGCUGCAGGACACAUGUUUUUGC